AGAGAGACUGCCGAUUAGAGACUGCACAGAGAGAGACUGCCGAGAAGAGACAGCACAGAGAGAGAUUGUCGAGAAGAGAUAGCACAGAGAGAGACUGCAGAGAAGACACAUCACAGAGAGAGACUGCAGAGGAGAGACAGCACAGUGAGACACUGCAGAGGAGAGACAGCACAGUGAGAGACUGCACAGUGAGGGAGACUGCAGAGGAGAGACAGCACAGUGAGAGACUGUGCAGAGGAGAGACAGCACAUUGAGAGACUGCAGAGGAGAGACUGCAUAGUGAGGGAGACUGCAGAGGAGAGACAGCACAGUGAGAGAGACUGUAGAGAAGACAUAUCACAGAGCGAUUGCAGAGAACUUAGAGACCGCACAGAAGAGACAGCAUGAGCAAGACAUUCACACUAUUCUGCCUGUUACACAUGUGAAUUAGAGACAGCUGAAUAGAUACUGUAUAAAGUGAGAGAAGAAAGAGCAGUCCUUCCGCUGACCUGAGAGAAGGCGGAGACAGCCUCACCCAAAAACACAGAGACUGCGAACGAACGAAGUGCAAACUACAGCACAAGGACAGAGACACCUGCAACAUGAUUCAGAGGCAGCUCAACAGAAUGAGACAGCUGGCCAACCUUGGUCCAGGCAGGUCUCAAGACGUUACAGACUUACUCACUGAAGAUUUACUAUUGGCAGACCAACAGGUGGAGAUUAUGAAGAAGGUGGCUCACCUGGUGGGGAAACGCCUGACCAGUUGUAUGCAGGGUCAGACAGGCUCGGACAUGGACAAGAGGCUGAAGAAACUUGCCUUGAUGUCUCUGUCAAUGGCCAUGGCUGACUGCAUGAAGGAUAUGGAGAGCGAGUCAAGUCUGAGGAGGACGCUGGAAAUGGGGUGCUGCGUGGAAGGGUCACUGGCACAGUCCAUGGCAGAGUUUGAAAUGAAUAUGGAAAAAGAUGUUUUGCAGCCACUGAACAAGCUGAGUGAGGAAGAGCUACCUACUAUAAUAAAGCACCGGAAACAGCUGCAAAAACUACUUACUGACUGGAACAGCACUAAGAACAGAAUGACCCAAGCCCAGAAGAAUAUCUCAGCCGGGCAGGGUGGGGCGAGUGCAGGAAUGCCAGCCAAACUGGAGAGUCUGAGGGAGGAGGAAGAGGAUCUAAGAAGGAGACUGGAGCAGAGCAAGGAUGAUUAUCUCUCCGAUCUCUGUUACUUCAGUGCAAAGGAGGCCGAGUAUGAAAAUUACUUUGUGCGGCUUCUGGAACUGCAGGCGGAAUAUCACAAGAAGUCGCUGGCCCACCUGACCGAUGCGCUUGGGGAGCUGAGGGACACCCUAAAGGAGAGCGGUCAGCUCCCAGGGAAGCACACCAUUGCGGAGGUGUAUGGCGUACCUCUGGCGACACACCUCUCUCGGUUUGGGUGUCAGAUUGCGUUGCCCAUAUCUGCCUGUGUGAGGAUGCUGCUAGCACAUGGAAUGCAGGAGGAGGGACUGUUUCGAUUGGCUGCAGGGGCCUCGGUCCUAAAGAAAAUGAAGGGCAGUCUCGGUGCGGGUGACAGUGACUUGGCUGAAUUUGUGUCUGAACCUCAUGCAGUGGCAGGUGCACUAAAGUCCUAUCUCCGGGAGCUUCCACAACCACUGAUGACAUCGGAACUCUUUGAUGCCUGGAUGAAAGCGGCGAGCAUAAAAGAGCCAGAAAAGCUUCAGGAAUAUUACAGAGAAGUCUGCCAGCAGCUGCCACCCGAAAACUACAACAACCUCAGAUACGUAAUAAAGUUUCUGGCAAUGCUGGCAGAACACCAAGAAGUAAACAAAAUGACGCCAAGCAAUAUAGCGAUUGUGCUCGGUCCCAACCUUUUAUGGGCCAGAAGUGAUGGAGACCCAUCCGUGCUGGACAUAGCCUCUGCUUUUCCUAUACUGGUGGUCAGCGUGGUUGAAGGUUUGAUUACCUGCGCUUCAGAAGUCUUCCCCGGAGAUGCAGAUUUUGGGGUUCCAGAGUCUAUGAUUGCACCGUCAUCACUGGUUCCACUGAAGCCGGACUCUCUCCCGCAGUUGGAUUCCUCUUCAGCGGCUAUGACAGAACAAGGUGUUGAAAUUCAAGAACAAGUUUCAAUCAACCCUGCUGCGUUAAAGACAGUGGCCCCUACAGAAGAGGGCUGUGAUACACCUGCACAGGUGGACUUCAGCCCGUCUACAGUACGUAAAGUAGUGAAGAGACCGGCUCCGCUACGCCCCAUGGUCGCUCCGCCCGUGCAGCCUCGAGGGUCCCCCAACACUGACACUUCUGAUGCUUUACAGAACCCGAGACCCAUUCCUAGAAGAAAUUUUGGUGGUAGCCUCAGAGUCCCCAACAUGCCCCCACCUAAUCCACCCCAACUGGUCCAGGGUUCUAAUGUAAAAUCUGAGGGCGGUGACACAGAAUCAUCCAAAAAUAAACCUCCAAGACCACUGCCAAGAAAUCGGAUUCAGUCUACAGACAACUAAAUGAGGAUCGGUCCUUCCAUUCCCUCAGGAACAUCUGCGUCUGCUGGCCUGCCAUGAUAACACCCAGAGAGUUACAGAGUUUCCAGGAGACACGCAUGUUAGAGACGUAUGUUCUGAAAUUGUGAGGGAUCCUGACCCCCAAUAACAGGCCACUUGCACUGAUACAUUCUACAGUCACUGAUAUCUGAAGCAUGGGACCGGUGCCUGUGUCUAUUGUCAAAUCAGACAUUUUAUAAGAAUUAAAAUUGUUUCAUUGAAA